AUGAAUAGGGCAUUUACGUGCCUUCGCUGCCGGGCACCGAGGCCCCGGGUGCGGGCCGCCGCCGCCGCCGCCUUCGCGCGCAGCUUCGCAGACAACGGCAAGCGCCCGUCCAUGGCCCCCAAGCCCAUCAUCGACAUCAAGCACAUACGACAGAAUCCGGAGCUGUACGAGCUCACCUGCCUGGAGCGCAACUACCCGCGCCAGGCCGAAAACCCGGCGCGCAUCCUGCAGCUGCACGAGCGGUGGCAAGAGCUCCAGCGUCAAGGCCGCUCCCUGCGCGAGCGCUCAAAUCUACUGCGCAAGUUCCUGGCAAACCCGGCGACAAGCAGCGGCGACGAGGACGUGGCAGAGCUGCGAGCCAUGACGCGCGAGCAGGUACAGGAAGAGGCGCGGCGGCUCAAGGGCGAGCUGUCGGGCAUUGAGCAGGGCGAGGCGGCGGCCGUGAGAGAGAUGGAGGCGCUCGCGCUCGAGAUGCCCAACCUCACGAGCGACGACACGCCGCGGGGCCACGAGCCGGUGGUGCUGAGCUACAUCAAUGAGCAGCCGCGUUUCGACGAGGACGCGAGCGAUGAGGCCGUCUGGCGCUCGCACGUGCACGUCGGCUCGGAGCUGGGGAUACUCGACUUCGCGGGCGCCGCGGCGUCCUCUGGCUGGGGCUGGUACUUCUUGGUGGGCGAGGCGGCGCAACUCGAGCAGGCGCUGAUUCAGUACGCGCUGGCUGUGGCGACGCGGCACGGGUGGACGCAGGUUGCGCCGCCGAGCAUCGUCUACAGCCACAUCGGUGCGGCGUGCGGGUUCCAGCCGCGGGACCAGAACGGCGAGCAGCAGGUCUACGCCAUCGCGCAAUCGCAGGCUGACGCCGACAGGGGCGUGCCGGAGCUGUGCCUAGCGGGUACGUCGGAGAUCCCGCUUGCGGGCAUGCGGGCCAACACGACGCUGGACGCUGAAGACCUGCCCAUGCGGCACGUGGCCGUGUCGCGCUGCUAUCGCGCUGAGGCCGGGGCGCGCGGCGCCGACACCAAGGGCCUGUACCGGGUGCAUGAGUUUACAAAGGUGGAGAUGUUCGCGUGGACAGCGCCGGACGAAGCCGAGGCACAGGAUGUGUACGAGGAGAUGCUCGACAUCCAGACGGAGAUCCUCUCAUCAUUGGGGCUCUACUGCCGGGUGCUGUCGAUGCCGACGACAGACCUGGGGGCGUCGGCCAGCCGCAAGGUGGACAUGGAGGCCUACUUCCCGAGCCGGCGGCAACACGGCCUUGACGAUGGCUGGGGCGAGGUGACGUCGGCGAGCUCGUGCGGCGACUACCAAACGCGGCGACUGGCGACGCGGACGCGGUUGGACGGGCGCAUGACGUUCCCCUUCACGGCCAACGGCACGGCGCUGGCGGUGCCGCGCGUGCUGGCGGCGCUGCUCGAGAACGGCUGGGACGAGGAGACGGCCACGGUGGCGGUGCCCGAGUGCCUGCGCCCGUGGAUGGACGGCAAGGAGCGCAUCGGCGGGCGGAGGCGGGGGACGAGAGCGGGCAAGCAGGAGGGGAAGAAGACGGCGUGAGCGUGAAAACGGGUAAAGAAGCGUUGAGAGGAGGGGAGGGAGGUGCUCGUUUCGUUUCUCCCUCGAAGAGAACGUCCCCGAUGUGGCUCGAUUACUGUAUCACCAGAAUCUUCCUUUGUUUGAAGGACUUGGCCAUUCAUGGUCAUUAUCACCACACUGUCUGCAGCGACCGAGCUCUCUAGCAUGUUGUGUCAUGGGCAAACGGGCAAGUCCAGACCGCGAGCUGCCAAAAGUGUAACUUGCUCAUCAAGCAAGCCACGACGUUUGUGGUCAGUGAGCACCAGAGCCUUCAGGAACAUGGCCCAGGCCCUGUACAACGGGUAGAUGUAGUUUCGUGGAGGCACGUGAGUGGUAAUGAUGAAAGUACCAUGGUGUGAAAGGACCCAGAGGGGGCGUUGUUCUUAUCCUCAUGAGCGAUGGGCUAUCACCAUUUUCACUUGGAACUCAGGAUCUCGAUGCCCUUCAGGUUCUUGCCAUCUCUCAACAUCGGGUUCGCUCGUCUU